AUGGCGUCUCGGCACUACAGCGCGGCCGAGAUCGAGGAGAAGCGGCGCAUCGCGUUGAGCCGCCGGGCGGCGCUGCUGGUCGAGAGCGGCAAGGAUUCGCUCUCGGGCGGGUGCGGUGUGGUGGUCAUCUCGUACGACCUCGCGGUCCGGCGCGCGGCGGAGCUGCGCGCGGCCGGCUUCGGCGUGGCGAUCGCAGACGAGAGCCACGCGCUCAAGGAGCCCGAGUCGCAGCGCUCGAAGGCGCUGCUGCCGCUGCUGGGAGGCGUGCGCAGGCUCGUCCUCGUCUCGGGCACGCCGUCGCCCUCCCGGCCGGCGGAGAUCUUCACUCAGGCGAAGCUGCUGCGGCCCGGGAUCUUCGGCCGCCGGCAGGACUUCGAGCGGCGGUACGCCGCCGCACACCAGGGGCGGUUCGGCUGGGACGCUAAGGGCGCGAGCCAUGUGAAGGAGCUCCACGCCGUGCUGACGCACGCGCUGAUGGUGCGACGCACAAAGGCGGAGGUGCAGUCGCAGCUGCCGCCAAAGGUGCGAGAGGUGCUGCUGAUCGAUGCGCCCGAGGCUGCGCGCGCGUGGGCUCGAGUCGAGGCGGAGCGAGCGGCGGGCCCGGCCAAGGAGCACUCGGCGGAGAUGACGCUCGCCUACAUGGAGACGGGGCGCGCGAAGGCGGCGGCGGUGGCGGACCACGUCGCGAGGCUGCUUGCCGCGCCGGGGCGGCGCAAGCUGCUGCUCUUUGGCCACCACAAGGCGGUGCUCGACUUGUGGGAGGAGCGGCUGCGCGGCGUGUGCAGCCACGUGCGGAUCGACGGCGAGGUGCCGCACGAGGCGCGCGACUACCGCGUGGCGACCUUCCAAGGCGACCCGGCCGUACGGCUGGCGAUCCUCUCGAUCCGGGUGGCCUCGCAUGGCUUCACGCUCACCGCGGCCAGCGUCGUGGUCUUCGGAGAGCUGGCGUGGAACGCGUCCGACCUCGCGCAGGCGGAGGACCGCGCUCACCGCAUCUCGCAGCUCGCGGAGCGCGUGCAAGUCUUCUACUGCAUCGCGCGCGGCUCCGUCGAUGAGGUGAUGUGGCGCCUCGUCGAGAAGAAGUUGCAGGUCACCUCGUCGCUGAUGUCCGGCGGCCGCGCCGCCGGGUUCGGCUCCGGUGCCUCUGGCCCCGCCGCCGCAGGCUUGCGUGGGGCGGCGCUCUCUGGCCCCGCCGCGGCGGCGGCAGCCAGCGGCGCAAAGCCUUCGUCGCCAGACAUCCGCUCCUUCCUGCGGCCAGGGGCAGCGCACGCGCCUCUGAAGAUCGAGGCGCGUGGCUCAAAGCCGGCGCUGCGCGGGGUUUCGUGCCCAUCCGACAUGGUCUACUUUUCCAUUUUUUGGAUGCCGUGGUCGUGGGGGUCACUCACGACCCGCCGACGAGGGGGCCCGACCCCCUCAGAGGCGGCGGGCGGGCGCCCACUGACCCAGAAAUCAAAAAAACUCGGCCCAACCCCGGGUCACGGGCGAACACAAGACGAUUCGGUGCCUGUGGCCCGCAACUUGGCCAUCUAUGACGGCCCGGAGCAGCGGUUCUGCCCGGCUGGCGUGUACGAGUACUUGCAGCCUGACGAGCCCGAUGGCGAGCCGCGGCUACAGAUCAACGCGCAGAACUGCACCCACUGA